CCCCCACCCGCAUGUAUGAGUCUCUCAGUCUGGCGGCUGCGGGGGAGUGAUGAGUAACGCAGCUUGAGAAAACGCACCCACUCCUUGCAAUCAUGCCUACCGACACAUGAGCAUAUGUGAACAUUUCAGUAAGCAUUAAGCUAAAAUGUCCAUAAAGACGAUGUCAGUCCCACAGACCCUAAGGGUAACCCUAAAAAAUCCAGAUGAGAACAGUAGUGGUUCAGUGAUUCAAGAUGACCAUCUCUCCAGUUUGAAGGCUUUGACUGAGAAGCUACAUCUUGAGACAAAGAGGCCUUCACAUAUGCAAUGGCGGUUUCAGCUAGAGAGCCAGAGACCCAAAGCUCUGGAUACCUCAGUGGCUGUUAAAGAAGCACAGAUACGAUCCUGGAGUUCUCUGAAGUGGACAAAAUUAUCAGUGGACUUUCCUAUAAACAAGCUCCAAAGACAUCCAUCUGAGAGGCUGAAAGGUUUUGGAAGUGUGACUGAAGCACUGGAGUGGCUUAGAAAAGAGUUGAAGGAGAUGCGUGUACAGGACCAGCACCUAGCUCUUCAGCUUAUUCAUCUGCAUGGUGAUCUUAACAAGGUGAAAAUUGAGCAGGCUUGUAAACAGCAUCGCAAGAUGUUAAAUGAUGCUACGUUUGAGCUGGAGGAGCGCUAUGAGAUGUUGGACCUGCUUUGUGAUGUUCCUGUCACAUCUGGAUUUGGCCUCUCUGCACCACUCAAGCUCAUCGGCAUCACAAAGAUGAACAUCAGUUCCCGUCGCUUCUCCCUGUGUUAAUCACACUGUAUUUACUGAGUAUAGAACUAUAGCUUGAAUUGCAAGAUAAAAAUGUUUGCUUUGAUGAUAGAAUGGGCAGCAUUGCUGUCUUACAGAUUUAGAGGUCAAUUGUGAGGUCAUCAAGUGUAUGUGUGGAGUUUUGCAUGUUAAUGACAUAUUUGCCAAGGUUUUCUCCCAGGUUCCCAUCAGCUGGGCAAUGAGAAUUGUGGGUAAUUAAAGCUCGUACAGGCUUCAUUGCCUCUAAGUCUUGAAUAAGUGUGUGUGCAUGGUUUUCUUCAAUGGACUAAUAUAUCAAACUGGGUACUUUUGCCUUGCACCCAAUGCCAACAAGACAUUGUGUGUAUAUGUGUGAGAGAGAGAGAGAGAGAGAUGACUUUAUUUAACAUUUUUCUCUCCACUUAACAUUAUUGCACAUCUAACCAGUAGAAACACAUCUAACCAGUAGAAAAUCAAGUAGUUCCAAAACAUUUAUGUUCGUCCUUCUUUUAGCCCUCAUUGCAAAGAGUUGACUAAUUUGUAUCCCAGGUGGCAGAUUGCACAUAGACAAACACUACUAAAGACACUGUGCCGGACAAUCCAUCCGAGCAUAUCCAUCAUGGAUCAAUAUGCACAUGAGGGCAUAUUUCUUGAACCUGCUACAGACUUUACAUUUAGAGUGCACAAUGGACUUGGAUCAGAAGGUAAAACUGCAUGUCAAAAAUUAUCCAAUAUUUUUCAUGGUCUUUAGAGAUUUAUGGGCAUACUUGGAGAAUAGUAUAUUAAAUUAUACAAGUAUAAGCUUUGCUGCUACAAGUUACAACCUUUGUAGGAUCUUGGAGAUAAAAAUGGUCUUUUCAAAGUUGACAUAGGUCGAGUUUUGUAGAAAUUGCUAGUGUAACAGGGUGUAGGUGCCUAGGGAAUACAGGCUUUUUAAGAUGCUUGAUGGCUUCUGUUAGUAGCACUCAGUGUUAAGUAAAACAUACAGUCUAAGUAUCAAUAGCUGGACAGUCAAGCUGCAAACUUUCACCUCACAAUACAUGACGAAACAGGGUCAAUCAAGGGUUAAAUCCCUCAGAGAGUCGCAGUAAAAAAAAUCUUUUGAAAACAAAAACCAUGUUUAAUAAAUAUCUCUUAUUUGGUUUAUUGAACCUUUUAUGUGUAUCAGCGAAUUUUAAUAUUCAUUUUAAACACAGUACAGGAAUGGAUGAUAAACUGGAGCUAUAAUUGUCAACAGGAAUGGCCUGGGACAUGGUUCCAUUCUUAUUUAGCUUACUCUUAUUUACUCUUCAUGAGUCUCUACCAGUUAGUAGAAUAGGAAAAUGGAACAGAAAUGCAUGAUUACUAUUUACAGAAAACUGUAAAUAGUAAUCAUGCAUGAUUUAAGUAUCAAUGCCCUUUUUUUUUUUUCGUUUGAUUUAAGUAUCAAUGCCCUUUUUUUUUUUUUUCGUUUUCAUUAUAAUUUGUUUUGUUUGUAAAUAUCGAUAAGUGCAUUUCAAAAAGUAACACGAUGGCACCAUCUAAUGGCCACAAAAGGUAACUGCUGAUUUAAAAACAAGGGUUUUAACACUACAUCUGAGCGAAAUAAUAAAACAGUAACACUUUUAUCAUUACAAAUGAUUUUAACACGUCUCUAACAUUCAUAGGAAAAUGAAAUGUUUAUUAUUUUUUGUCACAUUUUCAUGUAUUAAAAGACAGACAAAAGUAUUCUUCGUGUGCACAUUUGUAUUUUGUUGAACAAAGGAAUCUGUACAGUUCAUUUAAACAUUUUUGAUUAUUAAAAUUUCAGAUAAUGUAAAAAAAACUGUAAACUCAUUUCAACUUAAAAACAGUUCAGUUGUUAUAUCCAGUGUUAAAAAUCAAUGUAUGAGAAUCUAUCAAACCUUUAUACAUUUCAAAGAGGACAGGGCACAAGACAAGGUGGCAAAUGAUAGAAUCAAAAUUAUGAUUAACCAAGUUCUGCUAUAAGAAACAUUUUUAUAAGUGGUCACAUAAACAUAUAGCAAUUAUUACUGUAUGUGUAAAGUCAUUUUUGUCAGUUUUGAUCAGUUUGAAAAGCUCUGGCUUUAUGUAAUUAAGGAGGGACACAAUCCAUUGCAUUGAUGGCUACAUACAACACCUGAUUUCAUCCAUAAAAUGAAGGUAACUGAGUCACAAACUAUCACCGUAUAUAAUCAACUUAAAAAUAAAUUACCAUGUACAUCUCUAUCAGGUAGUUGGUUUGUAUACAGUGAAGUUCAGUGGUAGGUUGCAUUUGAAAAAUUGUGCGCAAAAAAAACAAAAAAACCAAUAUAAACAAAGUAAAAAAAUAUAGAAAUACCAUAUACUGAUCAUCCUAAUCUCUAUUUAAGAUCCUAAUCUCUUGUAUGUAAUAUAGCCUUUAGAUUCAAAAUAGAUUCAGCAGUUUUGAGUUCUUGCUGGUGAGAACUUCAGAGACACCUCACAACAUUGAACAAUUACGUUCAUGCAACAUACAUCUUUCCUUGAGGAAUCAGAACAAGAGCCUCACAGUUAAA